AUGGCACAGGGUGGAGUCCCUGUCAGAAUCUCUGCACAUGAACAGAAAGUGCCCAUCCUGGAGGAAGCUGAGCCAGAGAGUCGGGGUCUGAAACAUCUCAUUAAAGAAAACCAUGUCAAAUACAAGUUCAUGGAAGAUGUCUCUAGUUUUGACAAUGCAAGAACAGCAAAAGUGUCCAAAGUGUCAACCAUCAGGAGGAUAUUUGAUUUGGUGGGGCAUCGGUCCAAAAGAUCCAUAUCCUUCCCAACAGGGAUUAAAAUCUGUCCACAAGAAUCAAUGAAACAAAUCUUGGCCAAUCUCCAGGCUUAUUACAAACUACGAGUCUGUCAGGAAGCUGUGUGGGAAGCCUAUCGAAUCUUCCUGGACCGUAUCCCUGACACAAAUGAAUACCAGAAUUGGGUCAGUGCCUGCCAGAGGGAGACUUACUGCAUUUUUGACAUUGGAGAAACCUUCAGCAAAUCUCAGGAGCUCCAAGAACUUCUCCAGCAGCGUUUAAAGCAUCAACAUUUCCCUGAGAGAAGAGAUGACAUUCCUACAGAGAAGACAAUGGAAAGUAAAAAGUCUGAUGAAAUCCCUAUGAUUCCUACAGUCUCAGCAGGUGCUGCUAGUUUCUCUCUACCUCCCUUCAUAUCCACUCCUAAUGGCUCACUUCUCAACAAACUUUUCAAUGACACAAAGACUCCUGUGAAGGAUAUAGAAACUGAAGUCACUAAUAUCAUAUCAGAGAGACCACUGGAAGAGAUGUUAGAAUUUAGUGUCAACCUGGCAAAUCAGAAGUUUAAGGCAGAGUUGAAUGACCCAGAGUCCCCACAUUACCAGGAACUAGCAGCAAAAUUUCAGCAUCAGAUGCAAAAAAUAUUUAAGACACUUCCAGGAUUCAAAGAAAUCCAUGUGUUAGGAUUUAGACCGAAAAAGGAAAGAGAUGGCUCAAGCAGCACAGUUGCUCGACAGCUGGUGAUCUUUAAGAGAGACAGCUCAGAAAGAGGAAGGCCCAGCGGCAACCUGUCAACCAUUCACUCUAAUGAAAUUGAAAAGGAAAGCGAGCUUCAGAGCUUGGAGGAGGAGGAACUUCAAGAAAGCAGUCUCACCUCAGCAGGGCUGCAGCAACUAAUUACCACUGCACUAGAGGAAGACGCAUCUCUGGAACUGGGGACAAUUCAGUUUACUGAUGAAAUUGAAAAGCCUCCAAAAGGCUUGGAACAUGACAUCCAAUCAGUAAUGAUUACUACCCUUGAUGAACACUCUUUGGAUGCCACCUUGAAACCUGAGUUUACACUUGGUCAUCCCAGCUCUGAGACAGAAGAAAUAUCAGAGCAACACUUAUCAAGUGAAUUCUUUACUUUGGAGACAGCUGAAGAAACUAUUAUAAGUCCUGUGAAUUUAACUCCACCAACUUUUCUGACUGAUGAGCAAUCACUGGUUCCUGAGGGGCCUGAAUCUGGAAAGGAAACUGUAGAAGAUGCUUCAAUAGAUCACCUUUCUGAAAGAGUUCCCAGUACUUUGGAGAGUACUAAAGGUCCUUCCUUGAUUGAUCAAGAAAAAGAAGAGGAGCUAACACCUGGCAUCACAGAACCGUCUCUUCUAGAACCCAAUACUGAAGGUCUAUCUGGACAACGAGAACUUCCAGAAAUAAUGGAAUUAUCCGGUGAUGCUUCUGCAGAAACCAUAGACAGUCUUUGGUCUCCUUUUGGCACAGUGUCUCCUACCCAAAUGGAAUCUUUGCCAUUUUUCACCAGUUGGAGUGACUUCUCACAACCUGAACAACCAGUAAUAUUUCCCAUUGAUCAAACAACUCUGAUUCCAAUGGUAGCCAGUCCCAUUUAUAGUCAAUCUCUUUCCAAAACUACAGGAACUUCAGGACUCAAUGCACAUGUUUCAGGUAACCAGGACAGCUCCCAAGAGCUUGGCAGAACAGAUGAGGUGAUGGAGGAUGUUGUUUACACUUCCACCCCAGAAACCAGCUCAGUAGAAACUAUACUGGCCACAACUUUGAAAUAUCUUACCACUAGCUCUAUGACCACAGCCAUCAAAGGCAAAGAAUUGGUCGUGUUCUUUAGCCUGAGAGUCACAAAUGUGCCCUUUUCUAAUGACCUAUUCAAUAGGAGUUCUCAAGAAUAUCAGGAGCUGGAGCAACAAUUCAUACAACUGCUGCUUCCCUAUCUCCGCUCCAAUCUUACGGGAUUUAAGCACCUCGAGAUCCUUAACUUCAGAAAUGGAAGUGUGAUCGUGAAUAGUAAGAUGAAGUUUACAAAGUCAGUCCCUUACAACAUCACAGAAGCAGUUCACUGUGUGCUUGAGGAAUUCUGUUCUACUGCAGCCCAGAAUCUCAAUCUGCACAUAGACAGUUAUUCUCUCGAUAUUGAACCAGCUGAUCAAGCGGACCCAUGCAAAUUCAUGGCAUGUGAUGAAUUUUCACAGUGCAUAAGGAAUGAAUGGACAAAAGAGGCCAACUGCCUCUGUAAGCCAGGUUAUGUCAGCCAAGAUGGACUGCCCUGUCAAAGCCUGUGCAACAUGGAUCCAGGUCUUUGUGUGAACGGAGGAAAAUGUGAACUGGUUCCAGGAAAGGGAGCAGUUUGUAGGUCAUCAGAUGAUUCUUUGAAACCAAAAUUGGCCAGUUAGGAUCAGGAAUUCUACAUUUCAAGCAACAGCAAGAGAACAAGGCAUUCAGAAAAUGGAAUUAUCAGCCUUGGGAUAUGAAGAUUCCACCAUUGGUCAACAGAUGAAAGAGCUUGUGAAUGUCAAUGUCAAUUCAAAAAUUGAUGAAGGCAAAUAAUUCAUCAACUGGUAGCUUUGUAGCUAGCUUGGUGAUCAGACAAUAUACAGUCAAUAUAUGUGCUGAGUGCUACCACACCCACACAGAAACAUACAUUCACAGCAUAUUUUAAGGAAAAUCACACUCGUUCUAUCAACAAAGAUAAUAAGAAUUAUUUAUCACAAAAUUUCUAAUAUAAACCCAAUAUUAAGAAAAAAACAUUAGAGGGCAACUGGAUGGCUCAGUGAAUUGAGAGCCAGGCCUAGAGAUGGGAGGUCCUGGGGUCAAGUCUGGCCUUGGACACUUUCUAGCUGUGUGACCUCCAGCAAGUAACUUAACUAACCCCCAUUGCCCAGCCGUUACUGCUCUUCUGCGUUGGAAUCAAUACGUGGUAUUUAUUCUAAUGCAUAAGGUACAGGUUUAAAAACACACACAUUUAUACAGUAUUGGCUACAUAGUAGGUAUCUAAAUAAAUUUUUCAUGUUUGGAGAUGGUAAGAAUAUUAUUGUACUGGGCGUCAGAAGACCUUGGUUGGUAAUUGUCACUCUGUCCCUGCUCUCUUUAAUACCUCAUUAGUUUAUUUGUAAAAGGAGAAAGUUGAAGAUUCAGUUGAGUCUUUUGGGUUCAUCCCAAGUCUAAAAUUAUGUUUCUAAUAUAAUGGUUAAUAUAGUAUUUCCAAAGGUACUUCAGAUUACCAAUCCCUCUACCAGCUGCAAAUCACAACCCUUAUUAUGAGAUGGUCCCUAAGAAUUGCUCUGAUUAAAAAGUACAUCAUUUAAUGGCCAAAUUCAGCAAUCGUCCUUGAAAAAAUCAGCUAGUUUGGUCUUUAGAGUGUAUGAAGUCCACUGGAAGGUAUACAAAUGAAGUUUUUAUAAUUGGGUAGGACCUUCCUGAGCCUUGAUACUAGCAUAGUCAUAGGGAAUGCAAGAACAACUGCAUGAGAAAAUGAAGUAUUACAGUAGAACUUUAUAAUGGCAUUGAAUAUGAUUAAGAAAUAACAAGAGCUCACAUUUAUGCAGUUUUUUAAAAAGCACAUUCCUCCCAAUUAGCCUCAUUUUACAUAUGAGGAAAUUGAGGUAGAGAGAGAUCAAGUGAAUUGUCCACAAGUGAACACCUACUAAUUUUUAGAACUAAGAUUCAAAUUCAAGUUUCUUGACUACAAAUCGAGUGUUCUUUUUAAGCUACUAUGUAUAUAUACAUGUGUGUGUGUAUAUAAAUAUAAAAAAAACCCACAAUGUAUAAAAGUUGGAUAUUUGCAAAUCUUAUCUUGGAAAAGAGAUCAAUCAUCUGCAGUACAUUUGCACACUUAGUGUAUACACCUUCCAAUUUUAGAUUCAGUUGUUUAAAGUACCCACAAUUCAACAUAAAACAAUUUUAAGCACCAGGAAGAUUUAGCUUCAGUCAUUUCUGGGGUGUUUAAAAAAAGAAAUUGGGACAUUUUAGGCUCAAUUAUCAGAGAAAUCCCACUUGUCCUUUUACUCUAUGUGCAAUCCUAUUUUCAGAGAUUAUACAAUUAAAAACUCAUACCAUACAAACUUGAAGGCAAUGUUUGCAGUAGACAAACCAUAAAUGAAAGUUUAUGAAAUUCUUCUUUCACCUAAAGAACACAGCAUUUUUUCCUAUUUUUUCAUGUCUGCAUACUUUAUCUCAAUCUUAACUAGUCUCAUAAACAUGUUUUAAAUGUCCAUUUCAAUUACAAGUUAAUUCUCAUGAGCCCUUAUCAAUGUCAAAUGUAAACUAUUUCCAAAUAAAUUGGGUAUACACUUUUCUUUCAAUAAAAUAUGAUGCCUGUUUAUUAUUGAUUA